AUGGCAGAAGUCUCGAAGCCACAUUUGAGGUUAGGAAUUUCUGUCCCAAUAGCAGACGAAAUCAAAGGUUACCACACAUUGGUCGCUAUGUCCCAGUGGAGCAUUGAUUGUUACCUGAUCAAUGGAGUGUCUUUCGUUGUGCCAGAACCUAACAAGAGAAAGAAUACUGAACAAACUCCAACAGAACCUCCUCCAAAGAUCUGCAUCAAGGUUUCUGACGGGAAGCCACCUCAAAACCCAAAAUCUGUCACUCCAAUAAAGAUUAGCCUACCCCAACAGAGUGACGAAGAGGAAAUCCCCGAGGAAGCACGAAUUCGUAUGAGGAAUCUAGGAAGAUAUACGCCGACUUCUUGCGGCCCAAAUUCUUACGGCAAAGGGAAAUACGGAUUUAUCGACCGGCGAGCGUUGCUCAAUCGGCAGACGGAGGCCCUGAACGAAAUAGUUUCUGAUGACAAUCGAUAGCAUCGUACUGGAAUAGCUAUCUGUGGUACUUCUUCACACAUCUGACUUUGUAAAUAUCGUUUUAUUUUUGUGUCUUAAUGACUGAGUUCCAACCGCCUGCGUAAAU